GGAGGAACGUGCCGCUGCAGCGGCAGCGGCAGCUGCAAAGCUGGUCGGCAGUAAGGACGAGGGGCUCGUCCAGGAGUCUGCUCAGCGGCUGCUGCGGCGUGCUGCAGAGACCGGGGGUUCGGAGAGCUUCGAGGGGUGCGUGGUCCUUUUCAACAAGGGCUACAUCGCGUGGAUGGAGAACCGCAUCAGGGCGGAGGUGGCAGUAGCAAAAGCGCUGCAGAAGGAGGAGGGUGGCAUUGCCCGCAUGGGUGAGGGCUUGACUGCUCUAUACAAGCGCAGGCUGGAUUCCACGGUGCGCAUUGCCACCAUCCGGUCUUUGCUGGAGGAUGGAGGCGGGGUCAACUCUCUGCUGGCGACCGGAGCCACUGUCCAGUGGCGGCAAAAGAUGUGCAGUUUGCUGGGGGGCAUCGCAACACCAGCUAGCACGGCUCAGGCUGGCGGGAGCUCCAACAGCUCGGGAACCUGCGUGGAGAGCAAGCAGCGUGGGGAAGGCGGUGUGCGGGGUCGAAAGAGGAAGUGCAUGGCCUAGGGGGAGGUGGCAUGUACAAUGCAUGGGAGGCAGGAGUCAUGGUAGGUCAGGCUAGGUUAGACAGGGUAGGCUAGGUUGGGUUAGGCUAGGCUAUAGGUAGGGCAACUAGGACCUCGAAUUUGCAUUUUUGCA